AGGGUCACAUUCUGUCACCCAGGCUGGAGUGCAGUGGUGUAAUUAUAGCUCAGUGCAGCCUUGACCUCCUAAGCUCAAGUGAUGCUCCCACCUCAGUCUCCUGAGUAGCUGGGACCACAGGCAUAUGCCACCACACCUGGCUAAUUUUUGUGUUUUUUGUAGAGCUGGGGUUUCACCAUGUUGCUAGUCUGGUCUUAAACUCCUGGGGUUAAGUGAUCCUCCCACCUGGGCCUCUUAAAGCAAUGGGAUUAGAAGUAUGAGCCACUGCACCUGGCCCAGGAAUAACCUCUAAGAUAUUUUAUAAAGUGAGAAAAGCAGGGUGCAAAACUGCAUAUAGUAUGCCUUUUGUUUAAGAAGGAGAGGUCAGGGUAGGAGGGAGACCUACUUUUCACUGUAUGCUACUUUGUGUUAUUUGAAAAUUAAACAGUAGGCACAUUGGGAUUCCACCUGCAAAUCCUACACUUAUCCAAGAUAACUUCUAGUAACAUUGGCUGUAGUUGAUUUCAGGCUUAUUUUUAUGUAAAUACACGGAAUGUAUGUAUAUCUUUAUGCAGGAACUACAGUCUGGCAUAUUUUCUUCUCUUUAAUAGGCCUUUAUUUGCGAUCUUUAACAGAUCUUCAUAAAGCUGUCUUCUCUUUAAAUUGCUGUCUCUAGGCUUAGCCAUACCCCCAACUCCUACCCCUAAUUCUCUAAAACAUGCCGUGGGUGGCUCGCCCUGUGCACUGUUGCCUUUGGGAAGGAUUUCGUUCCCUCAUGGCCACCCUCCACCUUCCCUCAUGGCAAUCUGGCUAUCCCUAGCCCCAGUGUAAAGUUGCACCCAGGACUACCAAGAUGCUAAGCCUUGCCUCUACAGGACCUAAUGUGCCAGCACCCUCCUUCCCUCUCCUCCUCGCCCCCAUCCCUUCCAUCUUUAGGGAAUUCCUGGCAGGUUGGGUAGGGGAUGAAUGGUUAAGGGGUAUUUUGUGAGCAGGGGAAAACCCAGUGCCAGGGAGGCCAACCGAGGGCCUAGCAAUUAGAGAAUACUUAUAUAUUUUGGUGCCUACCAUGUGCCAAGCAAUGUGCUUAGAAGUCUGCAUACAUUACACGUAUUCCAACAAUACCACAAAGUAGGUUUCCUGGAGGGAACCAUGUGUCCUUGUUUGCCUGAAACAGUCAUGGUGUUUGCCUGUUGUCCUGGCAAAAUUAUUAAUAGCAUCUCCUUUCUCUAGCAAAAGGUUUAGAUAAAAAAAAUUGUAUAGUCACCUUAACUGUCCCCAUCUUAUACGUGAGGAUAUUGAGGCUUAGAGAGGUAAGUUCAUCUGCCCAGGGUCACACGGCUGGUAAAUGAUAGAGCUGAGAUUAAAACUCUAGUCAGUAUGGCUCUGUUAGGGACUGAACUCUGACAUGGACAUGAAUGGUGUCCCCCAAAAUUCCUAUGUUGAUACCCUAACCCCCAAUGCGACUGCAUUUAGAGACAGAGCCUGUAAUAGGGCGAUAAAGGCUAACUGAGGUCCAGAUUAUUGCCUCCUCCCCAGGCCGCCUCUCUUCCACAACCACCCCCACCCCACUGCAGUCAGGGCCCUUCCUCCUCUGCCACGACAGCUCUGCUAACCCGGCACUAUCACUGCUUGCGUCCUUCGCAGCCUCCUGCUACAUCUUUUACACCGCUGCGUCCUCGUUGGCUGGCGCUCAAUAGACAUUGACUCGGUGAAUAAAUGAGUGAAACUGUCCUUUUAGGGAUGGAUGAAUCUGUCCUAUUCAAGGCGGUGCCCUUUUCUGGUAUUCCCUAACACAAGCUUGACCCGAAGUAGGCGUUCUGAAAAAGGCCGACAGUCGAUGGAGGCCAACGCAGCGCUCCUCUCACCUCCUCUCUCCGUCCAGGCCGGGUGACCAUAAGCGCGGCCAGCGGAAAGGAGGCGGUGCGGCCGGCAGGGUUGAGGCCCGGAGGGGGCGGGGCCUCCCUCGCGACCUGGCCCGGAGAGGGUGGGGCUUCCGGGAAGGUGCCUCUAGCACGCACUCUCGGAAGCGCACCCGAACCCGCCCUCCGAGCCCAGAGGCGCUGCUGCCACCGCCGCCCCGCUGCCGCUGCCUUAGUUAUGCCGAAGCACGUGUUCUCUGUGGACAUGACCUGUGGAAGCUGUGCUGAAGCUGUCUCUCGGGUCCUUGAUAAGCUUGGAGGAGUUAAGUAUGACAUUGACCUGCCCAACAAGAAGAUCUGCAUUGAAUCUGAGCACAGCGUGGACACUCUGCUUGCAACCCUGAAGAAAACAGGAAAGACUGUUUCCUACCUUGGCCUCGAGUAGUAGGCACCUGGUCCCCACAGCCCACAGGAUGGACCAAAGUGGGCAGGAUGCUGAUCCUCCUCCCCUGGCUUCCAGACAGACCUGGGACUUGGCAGUCAUGCUGGGCAAUGGUGUUCCUGUGGAGACCCUCAGUUGUCCUAUUCCUUCCUAGCUUCCCCGCAAUAAAAUCAAGCUGCUUUUGUUGGA